AUGGAGGCCCUUCCCUGGCUGCUCCUGCUCUUGCUGCUCCAGGGAGGCAGCCAACGGAGAUUCUGGAGAUGGUGUGGAUCCGAGGAAGUGGUUGCAGUCCUUCAGGAGUCCAUCAGUCUCCCCCUGGAAAUACCAUCUGAUGAAGAGGUUGAGAACAUCAUCUGGUCCUCCAACAUAAAGCUUGCUGUUGUGGUGCCAGGGAAGGAGGGACAUGCAGCGACCACCACGGUGAUCAACCCUCGCUACCAGGGUCGAAUCUUGGUUACCCUUCAGAGAAGACCUCAGUUUCCUUCUGCCUCCUGGCCAAGGCAUUACUUCUCCUCCUGCUCCUGGUAACUCUGGCCAUGGGGCUGUGGCUUGUUCGAGGCCAGAGAACGUUCAAGAC